ACUGACCACUGCCAUCCAGUUACGUUCAGACGGUUGGUUGCAAACACGGUCCAGCCAUCGAACCGAUCUCUUUUUUUCAUCCCUGAUCACGUUUUUCAAAAAUUUUAUUAUUAUUCAACCAAAUCCCAUAUUCUCAAUGUGAAAAAUAAUUGCACAGGCGUUUAAAAAAAAUAGUGAAUUAAAAAAUUAACACCUGUUUGUGAAAAACGGGGUGAGUUUAUUAUAAUUAUGUAGCCAAUACGGCCAUGUUGAAGUGGGUCCAUCAUUCUCCGCCUCCGAAGAAUCAUACUCAUGUGAAAUCCUCGGAAGCGUUAUUUGACAAAGACAAAGAAAACGAAAGACAAUGUGAAAAUAAUCGUCAAGAGAAAGAGAAUGAGAAGACGAAAGAGGAAAAGGAAAUCCUGGAAGCCUUAAGGAGACGUAUCGGGGGCUCGGACCCGAGAGUCGCCACAUGUAGAGGAAAGUUACAAAACAAGAGGAGUAAACUUAAUCAGGAAAUCAACAAAGAGCUACGUCUUCGUGCCGGAGCUGAAAAUCUUUUUAAGGCCACAACUAACAGAAAAUUGAAAGAGACAGUUGCAUUGGAAUUGAGUUUUGUCAAUUCGAAUUUGCAGUUACUCAAAGAACAACUGGCGGAACUUAAUAGUUCCGUUGAGUUGUACCAAAAUGGCGAUAGUGAAGAUCCCAUUAUGCCCAUGAUACCAUUGGGAUUGAAGGAGACCAAAGAUAUCGACUUUCGAGAUUCAUUUAAAGAUUUUAUCUUAGAACAUUAUAGUGAAGAUGGAGGGAAUUAUGAAGAGGCCAUUGCAGAACUUAUGGAAACCAGACAGGCAACGAGAACACCAACGAGGGAUGCUGCUGGAAUAGCAUUACUUCUUCGAUACUAUAAUCAAUUAUAUUUCAUCGAAAGGCGUUUCUUUCCACCUGACAGAAGUUUGGGAAUUUAUUUCGAGUGGUUUGAUUCAUUGACUGGUGUGCCGAGUUGUCAGAGGACAGUUGCUUUUGAAAAAGCAUCAGUUUUGUUUAAUGCAGGAGCUCUUUAUACACAAUUAGGUGCUAAACAAGACAGACGUACGUCACGUGGUUUAGAUCAGGCGGUUGAUGCAUUUUUAAGAGCUGCUGGCACAUUUCGUUAUAUUCAUGAAAAUUUCACAAAUGCACCCAGCAUGGAUCUGGGACCAGACAUGCUGGACAUGCUGGUCCAGUUAAUGCUGGCACAGGCAAGGGAGUGUCUUUUUGAAAAAUUGGAACUUCAAUCAAGAGAUUCUAGAAAUAUUGAUGUUUCUUUGGAUCUUGCUCAAGAAGCUGCUCAGGUUUCUGCAGUUUAUAACGAUGUUCAUGGACUAAUAACUCGGGAGCCGGUUCGUGAUUACGUCCCAGAAUCAUGGGUUUCGUUAAUUUUAGUUAAACGAGAACAUCAUUUGGCUUUGGCACACAAACAUUGUGCGGUUGGUCUUUUAGAUAUUCCAUUAUCGGAAUUUUGCACCGAAGCAAAAUUAAUUCUUGAACGAAUUCAAGAAAGCGAUGGAAAGACACAAAUCGAUGUGAUUGUACCGAAAGACGAUAAUGAUAGAAAAGCAUUGGGACGUGCACAUUUGAGGGAAGCUUUGGUACUGCACGAGGAGAGUCAGAGGCUGCAAAGAAUGUGUAGGGAGCUAAAAGGAAAGCCAACUUUGGGAAAAGUUUUAAAAAAAGGUCAAGAUUGUACCUUGGAAAUUUAUAAUCGUGCAGGAGAUGAAGACGAUUUUCGAGACUUGCUGGAUCCUCCUCAUAUAAUAGCCUCGACGAAAUUUCAAUUGAGUCUCACACAUCCAGACUUUGGUCAGCAUGGUGUAGAUGACCUUUUCAGAUCCUUGGGUCCAGUGGCAAUUUUUUCAGCAAAAAGACAUUGGACCGCGCCGAGACUGAUUCAACUUCAAAGAGGACCAGGAGGCGAAGGAUUUGGAUUUAGUGUACGAGGCGAUGCUCCCGUUAUUAUUGCUGCCGUAGAUCACAAUUCACUUGCUGACUUAGGAGGAAUGAAAGAAGGAGAUUUUAUUGUCAGUAUUAGCGAUAAAGAUGUCAAGUGGGCCUCUCAUGAUCAAGUUGUACGACUCAUUAAACAAUGCGGAGAUUCAAUUAGUUUAAAACUCGUUACACCGAUGGAUAGAAAUUAUUUAAAGAAACCAGCCAAAACGAGUCAUCACGAUAAAGGAAGUGUAUCGGCAAGUAGUUCCUCGGGAGUAUCAUCGGGACAACCUAGUCCUGCAGGAUCAGUUACAACAGCUCAUGUAGCCAAAAGACAUCCUUGGAAUCCAUUUAAAAAAUCUAAUGGUCAACGAGACAGUAGGGAUCUAACAUUUGAUAAUGUUAUUCUUAGAUGAAGUCCUUUUGUCAAAAAAAAUAAAACUUGAAAAGUUUUAAAUUCAUUUAGAAUUAAUUUCUGGAAAUUAAUUUUAAAAAAUCUGUAUAAAAAUGUCGAAAAAUUACAAUAACAAAAAAUUGUGUCGAAUAAAAUAUUUGAAAAAGAGGGUUAAAAAAUUGUAAUCUCUUAAAAAUUGUAAAAAACAAUUUGUAAUAUUUAAAAAAUACGGCAACUUUAAAAAAUCGUCUUAAAAUGACAAUAUUUUUUGUCAAAUUUGUAAAUACGAAAAGAAAUUGUAAAAAAGAGUCCUUAUCAUGAAUUGUUGCCAAAUUGAAAGUAAAUUCGAAUACGCGUAUAAUUAUUAGAUUCAAUUUAGAAGUAUCUGUUUUUUGAUAUAUUAAUUAUUUGCAUGUACAAAAGUGUCGAGUGCUUGAGAGCAAUAUAAAUUUUAUAUUUUAGAUUUUUUAGUGUAGAUCUACUAACUGGAAAUCCUUUGGGAUGAUUGCCAUAUUAAUUUCUUAUAUAUUUGUGAGUAAUAUGCUCCACUUUUCUAUAAUUUAAUUCUUCCGUCUCUAUAAUAAACUUGACGCCACAGAUUAAAAUAUCAUUGCAAAUAGAAAAAUAUGAAUUUAAAAUAUUUAUCAUUUUGUUUUUGGCUAAUUUAAUCCUUAAAAAAAUCUUUGCAGCGCAAUUUGUUUUUCUUUUUAAAAAAAUAAAAGAAAGCGUUUGCGUAUGUGUGCAAUAUAUUUUUUUUCAAAUGUGUCGAAUUAGAAUAUAAUUUUAAGUGCCAAUACUUGUGUAGAAUUUCAAUUCAUACGAGUUUAAUUUUAGUGUUCAAGAUACAUUUCGAAAUGUUCGAUUCAGAUUAAUUUUGAAACUGAAAAUUACAAAAUAAAUACAUUUUACAGUUGAAAUUCACUACUACGAACAAUGUUUAUGUAAAUAAAGUCAUUACUAAAAAUCAUGAAAUACAUUUACAUAGAAAAUUA